AUGGCCCAUCAACUGCAGAUUGACAGCGCCCUGAUUGAUGACCACUUUGCGGGGUACAAGCUCAAACCCGACUUGGUCGGCGUGACAAGCCGAACCCUGGACAAUGCGCCAUUCCAACCCACGCCCCCGGACACGAGUCGGCGCACUGUCGAUGCGCUGGCCCUGCAGAGCAGCCUUCACGUUCUGCGAGGCCCUGCCGACACCCAUGGCAACACCUCUUGCCUCCUCUACGUCGACACCAAGCGCCAACUUGUCGCCUUCAAGGUACGCCUGCAUACCCAACCAGCCUCGCUGUUUGGCCCUCGGCUACGAUUUGUCUUUUUCUUGUUUUCUGUUUCAGCUCACCUCAAACCGCUUGGCUCCCGACAUCAUGCACAGCGCCGGGGCGAUGUCGGUGACGAACUUGAUGGACCGCGCAUCGUGACGUCGCUCAAGGAUGAAGACUGGUCUGACUCUCAUCCUGUCAGCAUUGUACACGACGAGACGCCGACCGACGCCAUGAUCGUUGUCACCCACGGCCGCCUCUACUGGCUCAUCAAGUACAACUGGCAGAAUGACGCCUUUACCGUACAGCACCAAGCCAUCGGUAUCAAGGCAUUGCCUUACAGCGCUGCAUGGGCUUGCGCUCGGGCCCUCCGUCAGAUCAACGACCGCCACGUUUUGGUGAUUGCAACCCCUCACGACGAUGAUCCCAAGCACCACGGCACCAUUGUUCAAGCCCUGGAUCUGAACGUCAGCGACGGUACCACCAAACAGCUUUGGCAGCAAGAGCUCGCUACAUGGCCCCAGCGCGUUGUCCUUCGACCUUCGGGCUCAACCCUUUUGGACGUGGUAAUCAAUGAUCCCAUGCUGGGCCACGACGAUGCUUUGACGGAGGUGGUGCGAAUCGCUGAUGCCGACCACGAGUACGCAUCUGAGCAAGGCCAGGAGGUUCGGCAGCUCGUCAUUUGCAACCUCGAGUCGGGCUUUGCCGGGAGUAUGGUCCAUCUGGGCGGCUGCGGCUGGAUGUCCGGCUUUCUGCCCACGACCGACGUCCUCUGCCUUGUUCAGAACGACGUUCAUGGUAUUCUCGUGGCUGUGGACCCCGGCACUGACACGUGUAUUCACGAGUCCACCUUGGCUGCUUUUGGCUAUGUCACGGCCUCCAAGCAGGACCGUAAAUUCUUGCUGGCCGUCCCUGGUGCUGGUCCCACCCGCCACGGCGUCAUCGUUGACGUGCGUGGUAGCUGCUUUGUCUACGGUGCCGAUAGUACCAUGGCUCAUUGUGAAUGCGACGUGGGCACAGUGCUCGGUGCCCAAGCCCUCGAUGCGGGCUGCUUCGCCGUCCUGGGAACCGAACAGAUGGUUCUCGUUACCAUCAAAGACUAGGACAUCUUCUCUUGAGAGUUACUCUAAUCAGCCGGAUUCAGUCUGCCCCGUCACGCCCCCUCCCAUCUCGGUUUGACGGCGGACGCGCAUCCUUCUUGAGUUGGUGUAAAUUUUGGCCUGCCUGAACAAAGGGGGAAGUUUUUCGCGUCUCCUCAUGACUGAACGCUUCUGACGUGCUGCGCACGCGAACAGGCCUCGGCCUGU